AUGGUCCGCAACAUCGUCAUCCUCGGAGGCAACUCCCACCCAAAGCUGGUCGACAGCGUCUGCAGCAUCCUGAGCAUUCCUCCAUGCCAGAGGAUCCUCUCGAGCUUCUCUGUCGGCGAGUCCCGCUGCGAGAUCAAGGACUCGGUCCGUGGGAAGGAUGUGUACAUCAUCCAGUCGGGCGGCGGCAAGGUCAACGACCACUUCAUGGAGCUCUGCAUCAUGAUCUCGGCCUGCAAGACUGGCUCUGCUAAGCGGGUCACGGCCGUCUUGCCCCUGUUUCCCUACUCGAGACAGCCUGACAUCCCCUACAACAAAGCCGGCGCCCCUUUGUCCAAACAGCCGUCCUCUGUGCCGAAUGGCUCCUAUACCUUCGACAGUGUGCCGGCCACACCCGCCCCAGGGAUUCCCAAGAGCGCCGGGCUUGCUAACGGCAACGGCCUCGACGGCCUGAGCAAGCGGCUAAAGGGGGCCACUAUUGCGGAGGCUCCCGCCAGCACACCUCCUGUCAUCAACGGCGGUGACACCUACUUCAAGAAGGUGGAAGAAGUUGAAAGCACGCCGACCCAGGCCCCUUCGAUUGUACGGGCAUUCACGACGCAUGACUACGAAAAGCAGCCCUUCAAGAAUUUCCAGGCCAAACCUGGUUAUAAGCAGUGGGUGGCUCAGGCCGGCACCCUGGUUGCUGAUCUGUUGACUUGUUCCGGCGCCGAUCAUAUCAUCACCCUUGACUUGCAUGACCCGCAGUACCAGGGUUUCUUCGACGUCCCCGUCGACAACUUGUACGGCCGGCCUCUGCUCAAGAUGUACAUCCAGCAGAACAUUCCAAACUACAAGGACGCCGUCGUCGUCAGCCCCGAUGCAGGGGGCGCCAAGCGGGCAACUGCGAUUGCCGACAGUCUCAACAUGGACUUUGCUCUGAUUCACAAGGAACGUCGCCCUACGAAGAUCACGGACCGACAGAAUGCCACCAUGAUGCUCGUGGGUGAUGUCAGCGGCCGUGUCUGCGUGCUGGUCGAUGACUUGGCCGAUACCUCCAACACCAUCACGAGAGCUGCCAAGCUGCUGAAGAAGGAAGGCGCCACCAUGGUGUAUGCCCUCGUCACCCAUGGCGUGCUCAGCGGCGAUGCCAUCUCUCGGAUCAACGCUUCGGCCAUCGACAAGCUUGUCGUCACCAACUCCGUCCCCCAAGACGAGCACAGGCGCAUGUGUCCGAAGCUGGAGGUGUUGGACAUCGCCCCGGCCUUCGCAGAGUCGAUUCGCCGUGUCCACCACGGAGAAUCCAUCAGUGUCCUUUUCCAGUACGAGUAA